GCUUUAUUUUGAUAACUAAGGUUAAAGCCAACUCUAUUUUAGCACCAGAUGUAGCAAAUCCAAUCUAUGUAGGCGAUUGCUCUGCCCUGCUACUGGUCUCUCAGCAAUUGGCCUUCCAUGAUGUGUUGAAUUCUGGCAAGCUGACUGGGGAUUCUGGGAAUUGAAGUCUAAUCCUGGGUUAAAGGGACCUACUUGAUCUGGUCCAGGUCUGUUAAGGCUUGUAAACUUGGAUAGCUCUUAAAAACUCACACUUAUUUCUGAAUACUGUAUUGGGUCAAACCGAUCCGCUUUCCCUGAAGAAGAUGCCCUGGCUUGUUUGCCUGAGCAACCUGCUUUGCUAAGUUACUAUUUGAAAUGGAGCUGAGAAUUGCAGCCUCUUUCUUAGCCUUGAUUUCUCCUUGUGCCUAUUCUCCUUUUGAAAAAUACGAUUUGGUGGGACUCCUGAAUAUAGCAGAAUAAAUUUCCACCUUGCCUUCUGGCUGCUGUUCCUCUUUUGCAACUAAAAAUGCAAACCUUUUGCAUUGCUCUAUGCUCCACCCCAUCUUUAGCAAUUACUUCCUCUUUAUCUGUCUUUCCUUCACAUCUGUUGGAGAGUGCCCUGAGCUGAAGAACCGCACAUCCUGCCCAGGGGAAAAGCACCAAACUCGGAGCUACAAGAUUUCAGCAGACGAGGAGAGAAGACAGAGAACCCAGGCAGAAUGUCAGAUUCUCUGGUUGUGUGUGAUGUGGAUCCAGAGCUCAUAGAGAAACUAAAGAAAUUUCGUUUCCAGAAGGAGGCUAACAACGCAGCUAUAAUUAUGAAAGUUGACAAAGAUAGACAACUGGUGGUUCUGGAGGAAGAAUUUCAGGACGUCUCUCCAGAGCAGCUGAGAAAUGAGCUACCUGAGCGCCAGCCCCGGUUUGUUAUCUACAGCUAUAAAUAUAUCCACAAUGAUGGGCGGAUCUCUUACCCACUUUGUUUCAUCUUCUCCAGUCCAGCUGGGUGCAAGCCAGAGCAGCAGAUGAUGUAUGCUGGGAGCAAAAACAGGCUGGUGCAGGCAGCUGAGCUCACAAAGGUCUUUGAGAUCCGAUCCACAGAAGAGCUGACGGAGCAGUGGCUCAAGGAGCGCCUGGCUUUUUUCCGUUAACCGCUCAUCAGUCCAGGAGGGCCGAGUCUUCCCUUCAGUCCCAGCCUCCAGUAGAUUCUGUCCCUCUCCUGCUAGAGGCACCGCCACGUGGUGCGCGUAGCUGAAGCUGUCUCCCCAUCACCGCUGUUGGCACUGCCAGCUCUUGCUAGUAGCGAAAACGUCUGAAAAUAAAACAGUGACUGGUUCUAGUUUUUCUUCUCUGAAGCAUUGCA